AAUCAACGAGCUUACUCUGCAGAGAGACGAGCUCCAAGAUGAACUUGACACUGUUCACACAGAACUGAGACAAUCUCACAGAUUACAGAGUGGCUGGAUCGGAGAAACGCACACCACAAAGUUUCUCCCGGCCCGCCACUCCAACCCUUUCAGCCAAGAACCCAGAGCUGAAAAAGGGGAUCUAAGCUCACAGCUCAAGAAAUCACCAGCCAGCUUACAAGAACACCUGUCAACAACGGAGGGGAGAGAACCCUUCCAGAGAACGCAUGCCACUAAACCCUGCACGGCUCACAGAGAACUUGACAAGCUAGCCAGAAGCAUCCCUACAUUCAAGCCAGAUCCUGCAGGAGGACAUGACGUUCAUGCUUCUUUACAAGACAUUGACUUUCACUUGCAAACUGUCAUCAACGUGACAGAUGUGAACACAAUGUACCUGUUAAAAAUCACAUCCAGCCAUGAUGUGCAUUGUUUUCUGGAUCGUCAACCAGAGACUUUCAAAGCGUACUACCAGCAACUGCUACAAAUUUUGAUUCUUGAAUUCUCUGAUCCAGACUCAGACCAUGGGCCCCUUUUUGCUAUGGACCGCAAACAGGGCCGACUUGAAAACCCACAGACUUUCUAUAGUCGGCUAAGAAAAGCCUACUUCGGAGCAUGCAACGAACCAGGUAUGGAACAAGAUGUCAACUUAAAAACUCUGUUCCUCCGAAACCUACAUGCCAGUUUGAGUUUUCAUCUCAGAGUCCCAGCGUGUCCACGUAACAGAACUACACAAGAGUUACGGAACUUAGCCCACAAAGCUUGCACCAAGCAAAAGACUAUUUGUGAAAAGACUGUGAAAAACCCCAAAGUCUCUGUCUCUGAGCACUGCUUGGAGUUUACCCUAGAUGGCACCCUACAACACCACAGUCACAGACAUUUUUACAGAGAGUCAAUACCAUCCCAAGCCAGCAGAGGGCAACACAAUCGUGCCACGUCUGAGACAGCAGAGAUCCUGAGGGUGCUGAAAGAGCUUCUUUACAUGAAACCUUGCAAGGAAGACAAGGAAGAUGAACCAGACAUCUUAUGUCUAAGCAUAAGAACUUAAACCAACACCCUGUCU